UCCCUCACAUGACAGCGCUGUUAUUUCUGAGGCAGCAGCAGCAUCAGAGCUGGACCUGCGCACUGCUUCUCUGCUCAGCUUCAGAGCUCAGAAGCGCAUCUCAGAGGAGAGAUGGAGGCAAAGCCAGCUAUGCGUUCAGGGACUGUUUUCUGUGGAUUCAAUUUAAUGCCUUUACCUGUUGUUUGUUAUUUCUGCCGUCGCUUUCAAUGCAGGAGGAAUCAUCAUUAGAUGAAUCAUCAUCUAAUUAUCAGCGGAGGAAUAUGUCGUUUUUGUCUCGCCUUUAGCCUUGGUUAAAGGAGACUGGAAACUGACAGGAUGCCUCGGAAAGCGCUGCUGUAAAAACUGCGUAAGCUGGUGGACUGUGUGAGAAGCGAAAUAAGCACAAAAAAGUAAACUCAUUCUAUGUUUUAAAGAUGUAUUUCAAUAGGUGUAGCUCGACUAGAUUAUGUUAGAUUAAGUUUUUGUUUACUCCGCAUCCUUUAUGUACUUGUGUUAAAAUAUCCCGCCUGACUGAGAUGGAUUGGUGAUCCCCGCGUCUCCGGCAGCAUCAUAACUUUGCCAUGAUGAAGUCCAUUUUUUACAGUCGCUUCUUCAUCCUGCUUCCGUGGGUGCUGAUCGUCAUCAUCGUGAUAGACAUCGACACGAAGAGGUCCUCCGUGCGCAACACGGCGCACUCGUACCUGUCCCGGCUGAGCAGCGCGCCCCGGCGGGACGCGGUUGUCCACGCGCUCAACCGCACCGCGCCUCCACCGCCACUCAUUUACGCCAUCACACCGACGUACAGCCGCGCCGUGCAGAAAGCCGAGCUCACGCGCUUGGCCAACACUUUCCGCCAGGUCCCGCACUUUCACUGGAUUGUGGUGGAGGAUUCGGCAAGUCGCACCGAGCUCGUGUCGCGCUUCUUAGCGCGCGCGCGCGUCCCGUACACUCACCUGCACGUGCUCACUCCGCGCCGCUUUAAACGGGCCGGUAUGCCGCGCGCCACAGAGCAGAGGAACGCAGCGCUCUCGUGGCUCCGCGCGCACCGCACAGCCACCGACUCCGGAGUGGUGUUCUUCGCCGACGAUGAUAACACUUACAGCCUGGAGCUUUUUGAAGAGAUGCGUUCAACUAAAGGAGUAUCUGUAUGGCCUGUGGGACUCGUAGGGGGUCGCAGGUAUGAGCGCCCUAUUGUAGAAAAGGGCAAAGUGGUGGGCUGGUACACAGGCUGGAAGGCUGACCGACCUUUUGCCAUCGACAUGGCAGGCUUUGCCGUGAACCUCCAGGUGAUCCUAGCAAACCCACGAGCUCUGUUCAAGAGGAGAGGAGCCAAGCCAGGCAUGCAGGAGUCUGACUUCCUUAAACAAAUAACCAGGCUGGAGGAUCUGGAGCCAAAGGCUCGCAACUGCACACAGGUCCUGGUCUGGCACACCCGCACAGAGAAGGUCAACCUGGGCAACGAACCCAAGCGGCACCAGGACUCUGUUCUGAUUGAGGUCUAGAGGACAGGACUGGCGUGGGAGGCAUAGUCCUUAUGGCAUAUUGCACCAAGUAGCCACUAUCCCUGGUACUUUCCCCAAUUAGUGUCAACCUCUGGACUGAUAGCCUGCUGAUUCAUGCUGGAAGCCGUGUGAACUCUGAUGUCUGUGUCACCUCAGCUCAACACUCUGGACCAUCCAAUUUUGUGACCUUAUUUCUGGCUGCAUAAAUUGGCUGGGCUUCACUUUGUUAAUAAAAAAAUCCCAUCACACUGAGGAAGCAUACUGGGUUACUUGUAAAGAACUUUUAAACCUGUAUCGUUCGGUACAGCUGUCUUCACUGGCUGCUAAUAGAAACUUUUACCUUAAGACUGAAGAGAAAAUCUGGAGUGUUAGCACCUGAUGAAAUCUUCAUGAUGAUUCAAUGUCUCUUAGAUCCUGGAGAACUUAAUAUAAACUUGGGAGCAGUUGGAGAACGAAGCAGGAAGCAUCUGAAGAAGAGCCAGUUGUUGGAGAAAGAACAUGUGUCUUAAAUGUACAUUCAGUGGACACAUGUAACUGUAACUAUACAAGUUUGUUGUAUUUAAGCAGUUAUUGGAUAAAGCUUUCUGUAAAAAGA